AUGUCUUUGGAGUCUUCAAAAAAGCAAACUUUUCAAGAAUCAUCUCCUCCAGGAUACGACGAAGCCAUCAUCUUACCAAAAAGUCAUCUAGAUAAUGUAAGAUCCGAAAAAAGGUUUGUGUCAAAUAAAUACAUCAGGAGCUGCCACCACCGUACUCGGAUAUCGCUCCAACUUCAUCUAGGAGCUCGAAGUCCAAAGGCUCAAAAAAAACCUCUGUGAAGCUAUUGAAGUACACCCCCCUUUCCGAAGACUCCAUCUCAAAUAAAAUUGUGCCAAAAGAUGCACACAAAGGAUUUGAGUUGAGAGAAUUUUAAUUCUGCAGGAGCCAUUUAUAAUUUUUAGGGAAUUCGAUAAGAAAUGGAAAAAGUCGAGAAAACACGUAGAAGUGGCAGAAGUCGUAUUCAAAGUCGGAGCCGAAGUCGUUGGACAAAUUAUUGCUCAUGUGAUUGUGGCUGCCUUGACCGGAGGUCAUCAUCAUUGA